AUCCGUAGCUGCCAUCUGAGAUCGUAACAAGCUCGUGAGCUACGAAGGCAGUGCGAUUUGUGUUGUUUUGACGCGUAAUAGGUCAGCUUUGCUAGUAGUGCGUCUUUUUGGCGAUCGAAGAAAAGCAGCGGCUUGUGUAACCCGAGUGAGACAUGGGCAAAGUUAGACGAAGCAAGAAGCCCCCUCCCGAGGGUUGGGAAUUGAUCGAGCCCACUCUGGACGAACUGGAGCAGAAAAUGCGCGAAUGCGAGACGGAGUCUCACGAGGGCAAGCGCAAGGUCGAGUCGCUGUGGCCCAUCUUCAAGAUCCACCACCAGAAGUCCCGAUACGUGUUUGACCUCUUCCACAAGCGAAAGGCCAUCAGUAAAGAGCUCUUCGAAUACUGCAUCCGCGAGGGUCUUGCUGACCGCAACCUGAUGGCCAAGUGGAAGAAGCAGGGCUACGAGAACCUGUGCUGCCUGCGUUGCAUCCAGACCAGGGACACCAACUUCGGCACCAACUGCAUCUGCCGCGUCCCCAAGGCGAAGCUCGAGGAGGGCAAGAUAGUCGAGUGUGUCCACUGCGGAUGCAGAGGGUGUUCGGGAUGAAGAAUUGCCGUCCCAUUUCCAUCGUUUCCAGGGAAGUUCAUCAACAGUGUCGCUGAAUAAAAAAUGUUCUCUUUGUACAGCCAAA